AUGUCAAACAUAAAAUCAGUUUUUCAAAAUGUUAAAAAGAAUGCGUUCAGCAUUAUGUUUUGGGCUCCCUUAGCCAACUGGGGUUUUGUUCUUGCAGGUUGUAACGAUUUGAAGAAAUUACCCAUGUUUGUUUCAGAGAAAAUGACAGCUGUUCUAGCCAUCUACAGUAUUUUAUUUAUGAGAUAUUCCCUUGCAAUUAAGCCAAAAAAUUAUUUGCUUUUUUCCUGUCAUGCAACAAAUACGGUAGUUCAGAGCAUCCUCCUCUUUCGUAAAUUAAAAUAUGAGUCAGAGAAUAAGAAACUGAUGGAACCUGCCUAA